GUUAAGCAUAGAAAUAAAUAAUGUUUUACAAAAACAAUAAAUGAAUAACAGGAUUCUCAUUACCUUAAUUAAAAGUAAAUUUCUCAUCCGAAUUCUAGCGACGACGUUUAUAUGAACCACAAAUUAUAAUUUAAUCGAUUUGAAUCAUGUUUGUAUUAUUUGGCUCUCAACGGAAACGAAACAAAGUAUAGCUACCACAUCUCAGAAAAAACGAAAGGUUUUGAUAGUUUAUUUACAAAAUGUGGAAGCAAUUGAGAAAUCGUAGGAAUGUUCACUCUCUUUUUUCUUUGAGUUUCGAUGUUAUUGUAAGAAAUAUAAGCUUUUAUGAUAAUGACGAUAGCUUAAAAUAUUUGACUCCAAGGAUCAAGGAAAAGUUACUCAAGUGUUUGAGUACAAACUAUUCUUUUUGGAGACAGAAGAAUUUCAAAUACAUUUUGGGUUUACUCAUUCAUUCAAGUCUUGAAAUGAUUGAUCUCACAGCUGCUCAUAUAGAUGACGAUAUUUUGCGAAUCUUAGAAAUUUGUAGAGAACUGCAAAGGAUUCAUUUGAUGAGAGAUGGAACUUAUUGUUUCAGCAAGCAAGAGUUGAUCAACUUCUUGCAAUAUCAAAAAGAGUUAAAGAGAUUACAAUUGAGAAAUUGUGAUAUUAUAGAUGAUUCAAUAUUGGAAUGUCUUUCUAUCAAUUGCCAGAAAGUUAUAUCACUUGACCUCAAAGGCUGCAAAGAAAUAACAGAUAAAGGACUGAACUAUCUUUGUUCAUUAAAUUACUUACAAUGUUUGAAUCUUUCAAAAACUAAGAUUUCCAAUGAUGGUUUGAUAGAAUUUAUCAAAGGGCCCAAUGGAAGAAUGUUGAAAGAACUAAUAAUAGAUAACUGCAUUCAUAUCGAUAUCAAAGGAUUGCAAGAAGUACCAAAAUAUUGUCCAAACUUGGAAAUAUUUGUCUUUUAUAACUGUGAUUUAUCUGAAGAUAUGGCAAUGUUGUAUUCAGAGGAAGGCAACUUAAAGAAUUUGAAACAAUUAACGUGGACAGUAUCUUGGUAAAUUUAUUAACUGCUUCUUGUACACAAAUUAUACAAAAAAAAAAGUUUUUACUAUACAUAACAAAUAUAAAUUUUUUAUUAACA